AAGUUCGUCGAAACUUUGAGGAAGCAAAGGUGACCCGCAAAUUCCGUCUUUCUUUACUCCGGAUCGGUUGUUGCAGGGCAGCCCACGGAGGACUCAGGAUGGCCGGAGAACCCGCACAGCUCCGCGGUCUUGAGGCCGGCAUGGAAGAAGAAGAAGCGGGGACGACGGGGGACCAAGUGGACGCCAAACCGGACCGCAGUGCGAGGUUUCUGCUGUUCGGCAGGCACAAGAAAAAGGAUGGCCAGACGCGGGAUCAGGACUACUCUUCUGAAAGCCACUACAGAAUUGUUUCACCAACAUUCCAGUAUAAGAUGAGCCACCAGAAAGUGGGGAAGUGCAUCAUCAUCAACAACAAAAACUUUGAUGAAAACACGGGGAUGAACGUACGCAACGGCACGGACCGAGACGCAGGCGAGCUGUUCAAGUGCUUCAAGAACCUAGGCUUUGACGUCACCGUCCAUAACGACCAGACGUGUGAGAAGAUGGAGCAUCUCCUAAAACGAGCCUCGGAGGAAGACCACAGCAACAGCUCGUGUUUCGCUUGCAUUCUGCUGAGCCACGGUGAGGAGGGCAUGAUCUACGGCACGGACGGAGCCAUGUCCAUCAAGACCAUGACCUCCAUGUUCAGGGGCGACAAGUGCAAGAGCUUAGUCGGGAAACCCAAACUCUUCUUCAUCCAGGCUUGUCGAGGUUCUGAAUUUGACGAUGGUAUCCAGACAGAUUCAGGUCCACCAAACGACACCUUGGAGACAGACGCUAAUCCAAGACAUAAAAUCCCCGUUGAGGCAGAUUUCCUGUUUGCAUACUCUACUGUGCCGGGAUAUUACUCGUGGAGGAACCCUGGGCGCGGCUCCUGGUUCGUCCAGGCGCUCUGCAACAUCCUCAACGAGUUCGGCAAGCAGCUGGAGAUAAUGCAGAUCCUGACGCGGGUCAACUACAUGGUGGCCACCAGCUUCGAGUCCUGGUCCGAGGACCCGCGCUUCAGUGAGAAGAAACAGAUUCCCUGCGUUGUCUCUAUGCUGACCAAAGAACUGUACUUCAACUAACGUGCUGCACGCACCGUAUGACGCAGACUCGACCGGCUGUGUUUCAGGCGAUGAGCAAGCAGUCAAAGCAUUCAGGGACGAUUCAGGCCCGGCAGGACCCAGCACAUUUAGAGCAUGUCACAUUUUCUUUUAUUUUUUAUUUUACAUGUCAAGUCGGGCCUGAAAACAAGCACUCCGUGACGUAAGGAAUAACAGUGACUCAGUCGGUUUAUGUUUUGAUGGUAAAAGCCCUUAAAACGAUAGUGUCACAUUCAAGCCGAUCGUUGUUAACAGGCAUUGUGAAAUAUAUAUAUAUAUAUGUGUGUGUAUAUUCUUCCGACCCAUAAACCCAGCUGCCAGUUUUUGUGGGUCGGUGGAAUCAUAUCUGAAUAUGGGUUUCUCCAUUUUCCAGAACCUUCACAGUCUCAAGAGACUUUAGCUGGUAGACGGAGAAGGACACCAAUAAUCUAAAACAUGCUGGACUUAACUCUGCGUUUAACGCCAGGACAGCAGUAAGAAGACAAUCUAACACAGUUAGUGGCAUUCAAGGCUGCUCUGAUUAAUUAAUCCAACUCCAUGGGCACCUAUAAUAAAUUUAAGACUAUCGGGUAUGUUUUAAACACCCUGUCUCCCUCCAAUUUGUUUUUAUUGAUCUCGUUAUGUAAUGCGAUGGAGAGUUGUUUUUUUUCCCUCAGGUCAGCUCAGAGGAUUUUUUUAGACACAAACGGAUGAUUUUAAAUCUCUACUGUUCAUUGUUUGUGCGUGAAUAUAUAAAAACGCUAUAUGUUCUUGCACAGAACAAAGAACAGGGUACAUCUCCAGAUGUUCCUGCUUGGAUUUAUGGUAAACAACAACAGAAGGGAGAGCUUUAGGGGUUUUUUUUGUCUCUUGGAUGGAUUUGAGUCAUUUAGGAAUAAAAAAUAAAAUGAAUAGAGUCCCAUUUGGAUGUUGAAAUGAAAUUGAUGCCAUGCUUGGAAACCCGGCUUCUUUAAAAUGCCGUAAAACAACAUGCUGCAUGUUUUUCAGCAUUGCAUAGUCCCAGUUAGUGUGAUUACGUCCCACUUCACUCUUAAAGGUAUGACCUUACAGACAUCAGUUUUUUUUAAAACAUUUGUCUAUAUUUUGCCCAACACUACUUCCUGUUGGGUCAGUCGUAUAUUUCUACAGAUACCUGAGUCUACGGUUUUUAUACAGAGGAAUCAGAAAGGCCGGGCCGUGUCUCUGGUUAACGGGUCCAGAUUCACACACUGCAAAAAUGGAACUAAAAGUAAGUAAAAUUUUCUUGAAAUUAUUGUCUUUUUCCUUGAUUUGAGCAGCUAAAUAGGACUAUUUGCCAA